AAUGUAAACAUAUUCUGCGAUUCGUAGAUGGGUCUAAGAUGGAGCAUUUUUUGCUUUUAAGGUUCUUGACGAAGAUUCCCCGGGUUCAAACAACAAUCGUUUGUCAGUUUCUGGGACAGCUGCGGAUUUCUUAUCGCUCAAACAAAUUUCAGAAAAUCUCCACCAGGUUGAUGUGAGUGGCUUUGCUCCACUGGGUCAUCAUCAACUACACAUAACUGUUUCUGAUGGAAAUUGGUCGGACACGCUUGCAAUGGAGGUGCAACUUCAGAAUUCUUAUUCUAAUGCUCACUUCAGAAGAGAAAAGUAUUCGAGGUCGAUUACUGUUGACAAAGUGCACCCAGGUAACCAGCUGCUUCAAGUGGAGUUAGAAGGCGUCCCGAUUGACGAGGCUAGCUUCGUGAUUCUUCAUGGAAACCCUGGGUGGCUCUCUAUUGAGGAUUAUGGAGGCCGAAUAUGGAUCGACAGCUAUAUUAGGCAGUACAAAAUAAAAUGCAUCAAUGUGAAUGAGGCUGCGCUGGAGGUGCAGCUUUCAAAAAAGAAGCUUCAGCGAGGUGGAGGCCGGCAACUACCUGGUGGGGAUCGGGGCCGUCGCUCGGCAGAACGACGCGCUGCUGGCCCGGACGCUGCUCGAGAUCACGGUGGUCGGGGAAUCCACGUCCGCGAGCAAGCUUUUCUCCCAAAGCUUCUACGAACGAGUGCUCGAUCGCGGAUUUCACUUGCAGAAUCUUCAUCUGAGUUUUUUGUGCCGUUCAAAUUACGCCGCAACGCAGUAGUUAACAUAGAGUCGGCGUUCGCCAUCGACGAGGAUGGUCAGCAGAGAGAUUUCCAGGAGGGUGAUUUGACCAUCAGCAAAGAGGCCGUUGUGUUCCGGAAGCGUUCCCUCGUGGAUCUUCGGGUAAUUAGCGUCCAGCUUGUCUCCGAAAGAGAAACAGCGACUGUCUUUCUCACACUUACCUCUUCCCCAGAAUUCAUUGAAAGUAGGCGGAAAGAGUUAGCAAGACCUCUAUUUCCCCUUCCUUGGACACGGGAAGAUUCGGUGAUUGAGCUGAGCAUUUCUGAAGAGCUUCCACCCGGACACAUAAUUUACACGCUACCGGCCGUGAAUCCUAUGGAUGGAUCACUCGUAUCACUGGUAAUGGAUGGCGAUAUGAAAGAAAUGUUUGCUGUCGAUUCAACCACCGGAGCGAUUUCGGUUGUUCAACGCCUCGAUUUCGAGUCCUUGUCGCCGUCAGACCGAACAUUUUCGUUGAGACUCUCUGCUGGAUUACUCGGCUACGAAGCAGAGGCGGAACUUGGGAUUUCGAUAAUAAACAUCGACGACAACGCACCCACUUUGGAGAAGGAAGGCAUGCUCGAAGUGGCGAUUCCGGAGAACCUUUCACCGUCGACGACGAUCGCUCAUCUGCGAGUCACGGAUCGCGACGCAUUGGGAAGCGUGGACGAUUUUUCUGUGCUGAAGUCCGGUAUUGGUAGCGAGCUCUUUUCUGCCUACAUUCUAAAUGGCUCGUUGAUGGUGGCUGUGGCAGAAAAUGCUACAUUGGAUCGUGAAGUAAUGGAACGACAAACUGUUCAUUUGACUGUUCGCGAUACAGCUGGCAACCAAGACUCAGUUACACUGCACGUGCUGCUGCUUGAUGUUAACGAUAACACACCGAAAUUCUCACAGAACCAGUAUGCGAUACAAGUGGUGGAUAACUGGCCGGUUGACACAGUUGUCGAUCGUUUGACGGCUUAUGAUUCUGACGACGGCAGGAACUCCUAUGUCACCUAUUCGCUGGCUGCUGGUAGUAUCAAAUAGUUAUCGGUGUCACGUAAAUUGGCUGGAGUUUCUCGAGAACAACCUUACGAACUUGUCGUCAUCGCUGAAGAUGCUGGUAACCCAAGUUUGAGCACGUCUGUGCGAAUCAAGCUCAAAGUAAGUGAGCCGUUAUCAGAAAAGAAAGGUGAUAAGUCACAAGUGCACAUCGUCAAUCCUCCAGUGGAAUUUGUUCUCAGAGUGAUGGAGGAUACUCCUGUUAACAACCACGUCUACACCGUGAAAGCUCGUUUGGUUGGACUGGGUGAGGACAGGGUGAACAUCAAAUACUCGUUGAGGGAUUCCUCCACAGACGAUGCUCACUUCGCCAUUGAUGAGUCUUCAGGCGACGUCUAUGUGACGAAGGCACUCGACUUCGAGCUUAGAAAAUACUACGCGAUCUGUGUCGAAAUGAUUAAAUACUAUCUCGACUUCGUUAAUGUUUGUGCAAAGAACAUGUGGAAACUCAAAUCAAAACGAAUUUCUACUAAUUCAAAUUUGGGCUAUCUAAAAAAUGUAAAUUGA